AAUUGACCUCCGUAGAUCGGACACACUCUUAGGAUAGUAAUAUAAACCACUUGCUUCAGCGUGGAACCUCCUAUUUCACUUUCGUCAACUCUAAUGCCACCAGUAUGUUCAACAUAGCAAUAAUCCUGCUCUUCGUCGUGCUUAACUUUCGUUCAACCGUAGCCGAGGAUGGAGCUAUGUGCAGAAUGAAGACACGGGACAACAAAUGUUGUGUUUUUCCUUUCACGUAUAGAGGAAAAACUUAUGACUCAUGUGUCUCAAUCAGGGCUAACUCUAGGUGGUGCUCUCUAUCCCCCAGCUAUGAUAAAGAUAGAAAGUAUGGAUACUGUAAAGGGCUAGAAGGUAAGAUUACUGGAGAUGAUCAAGCUUGGAUUUACGCAAAUGGAAGAUAUCUAGGGACCGAUAAUGGCCGAUGGAACGUUCCACAGAGCUUCUUUUUCCCUGCAGAACUUGAGGUGGUUGCUAUUUAUGUGAAAAACAGAGGGGGCCCGUCAGGGUUCAUCGCUUCAUUUGCAAAUGGCAUUGUUACCGACAACGAGUGGAAAUGCACAACUCAGGCCAUACGAAACUGGCAAACCACAGCAUUUGAUGACAGCAACUGGCCUGCGGCAACAAUUCAUACUGGAAACAGUGGCGGUGCAAGGGUGAAUGCAAUAGCGUCAGGCGCUAAAUGGAUUGGUCCAAGUAAUAAGAAUGCUGGCAGCUUUUAUUGUAGAAGACAUAUGACGUACUUUGGAGAAAAACCAAUGGUUGGCGGAAGUUGUGACAAGCCCCUUGGUCUGCAAAGCGGGUGGUUAACGAACAGUCAAAUAAGGGCUUCAUCGGUACUAGAUGGCCUAAGACACGCCGCAUGGAGAGCAAGGUUGUAUAUGCCGAGACAAUACAGCUUCGCAGGGGCGUGGAGUGCCAGGACAAACAAUUAUUAUCAGUGGAUUGAGGUAUCAUUCAACAGUCCAGUCCAAAUUACAGGGAUCGCUACUCAGGGAAGAGCUGACUAUAAUCAGUGGGUUAAAAGUUACACCCUAUCCUACAGUGAAGAUGGCAAAAAGUACUCAGUUUAUAGUGUUGGAGGGCGCCAAAAGGUAUUUGGUGGAAAUGCAGACAAAAAUUCUGUUGUGAAACAUACCAUUUCACCCAGUAUUGAAGGCCGCCUACUUCGGCUUCAUCCCAGAUCAUGGAAUGGGCACAUAUCUUUAAGAAUGGAGCUCUAUGGAUGUCUGAAGGUUUGCAAGGUUGAUAUUGGUAUUUUGAUGGAUGAAUCUGGAAGCGUCCAAGCUGAAGAAUUUGAGCGGGAGAAGAACUUUGUGAAAAGUCUGGCUGGUCACUUUCAACUUGGUCCCAGGGCCACUCAGUUUGGUGUCAUCACCUUCAGCACCCAAGCACAACUGGAUAUCAUGCUUAAUCAGUACAGUUCUCUGUCAUCCUUUCAGAGUGGAGUGAAUAAAAUAGAAUAUAAAGGUGGAUGGACCUACACUGGAAGAGCCUUGAACCUUGCUUACUCUCAACUGUUCACUUCUUCCAAAGGUGCUCGGGGAAAUGUUGCAAGGGUCUUAGUGAUUAUCACAGACGGCCAGAGUACUGGAGGAAUUAACACUUUAAGAGAUCCAAUCAAGAAACUCAAAGAUGAUUCAGUAAAUAUCAUCUCUAUCGGUGUGGGAAAUAAAGCAAAUGUACACGAACUGAAGUUUAUGGCGACAUCUCCUACUUCCACUCACGUGUACUCAGUUCAGAACAUGGAUCAGUUGAAGAAUCUGAUUGGCUCCAUUACAUCGUCAUCGUGUUCCACGUAUAAUUGUCGUUACGUGACUUGUGAUUACAAUCAAUGGAGUGACUGGUCUGCUAGUUGUGGUAUCUCCAUGAGACGCACCCGAACAUUGAGCAAGGUCAAUGAACGUUACAUCAAGAGACAAGGAGGUUGCUCAGGGCUGAAAGUCACAUGCGAUAGACAACUGACUGAACUGAAGACCACAAACUGUCCUUGCGUUACCGUGACAUGUUCUUGGAAUUCUUGGGGUAGCUGGUCGUCCACCUGUGGAAGAAUGACACGACAGCGCACCAGCAAAGUCACGCAAUCCAUCAUUAACCGACCCAGCUGUAAAGGUUUGCAGGCAUCGUGCCCCAAACCUGAAGUCCAGUCCCUAUACGUUUCCUGUUGUAAGGGAGAAGUGGGGAUCUUAAUGGACGAAUCAGGAAGCAUCAAUGACGAUGAUUUUACCAAAGAACAAGACUUUAUUGUAGAUCUGGCCAAUGGCUUCACCAACUUUGGUCCGAACGGAUUACAGAUGGGUGUUAUCUCUUACAGCACGGACGCUUAUCUUGAUAUUAAACUCAAUCAGUUCUCUAACAAGAUGCAGUUUAUAAAAGCUGUGCGACAAAUCAAACAAUUCAAGGGCUGGACAUACACGAACAAAGCUUUGAUUGUGGCCAAGAAUCAGCUUUUCCAACUCUCGAACGGAGCCAGGCCUGGCGUGACUAAGAUAUUAAUUGUAUUGACCGAUGGUGCCAGCACUAAUGGAUAUAAAUCGCUUAAAGUUCCUCUCCAAAAUCUCAAAGAAAGUUACGUGAAUAUAUUCGCCAUUGGAAUUGGCCAAAACAUCAAUAAACAAGAACUAGAGCUGAUGGCCACUGGCCCGGUCAAUGAGCAUGUGUUUUAUGUGGCAGAUAUGGAAGAACUACAGACUCUAUUAACGGCACUUGGUGAAUCAGCCUGCAAAAAAUACAAGUGUGAGUACAUGAAAUGUGACUACAGCGUGUGGAGCACGUGGUCCGCCACGUGUGGCAAAGGAAUGACUAGGAAGAGAACGCUGACCAAAAUGACCAAGCACACCAUUGAACAGCAGGGAGGAUGCUCUGGCCUCCCAACAACUUGCAAUAAACAGAACGUGGAAACUAAAGAUAGUAUUUGUCCAUGCAAAUACGUGACGUGUUCUUGGAAUUCUUGGGGAAGCUGGUCUGGAACGUGCGGUCGUAUCACACGACAGCGCACAAGUAAAGCGACGCAACACGUGGUUAACAGACCAAACUGUAACGGUUUACAGACAUCGUGCCCAGCCCCUCAGACAGAGUUCACAUUUAUAUCAUGUUGUAAAGUCGAACUAGGAGUUCUCAUGGAUGAGUCUGGUAGUAUUACACCUGGUGAUUUCAUACGAGAAAAAAAUUUUAUCGCUGCUUUGGCAGAUGGUUUCUCUAAUUUUGGUCCGAACGGGAUUCAAAUGGGGGUCAUAAAAUUUUCUACCAGCGCAAACGUUGAGAUCAAACUGAAUCAGCAUGCAACGAAGGCAUCUUUCAUGGCAGCCGCAAGAAAAAUCCGCCAAAUAGGUGGUUGGACCUACACCGGUAAAGCGCUCACCCUGGCUAAGACAGAGUUGUUUAAGGGCUCAAAUGGAGCAAGACCAGGAGUUACAAAGAUGUUACUAGUGAUCACAGAUGGAGCUAGCACUGGUGGCAUAACAUCUCUCAGAACUCCAGUUAAGGAUCUCGUAGACCUGAGAGUGAACAUAUUCUCAGUGGGAGUUGGAAAUAACCUGAUUAAGAGUGAGCUGGAGUUCAUGGCUUCAGAGCCUAAGAAUUCGCACGUGUUUUACGUCCGUAAUAUGGCGGAGUUGCCUAACUUACUUCAUACUUUGGCACAGUCGUCUUGUCAAGCCUUCAAGUGUAAAUAUGUGACAUGUGACUAUAGUGCAUGGUCUGAAUGGUCUAUCUCGUGUGGUAAGGGAAUGAAAAGAAGGAAAACGCUGACCAAAGUGAACGAACACAUUAUAGAGCAGCAGGGAGGAUGCUCUGGUCUUACAACAACCUGCGAAGAGGAGAAAGUUGAAACUAAGGACAUGGAUUGUCAGUGUAGGUACGUCACGUGUUCAUGGAAUCCUUGGAGCGAGUGGUCUGCCACGUGCGGUGUCAGCAUCAGAACGAGGACACCUAUAGUAACACAGCAUGUGAUAAAUAAACCAUCCUGUGAGGGACUGCAGAAAUCAUGUCCGAGAGCUGAACGUGAAAAGAAAAUAAGUAAUUGUCCAUGUAAGUCGGUCAAAUGUACCUGGAAAGCAUGGUCUGAUUGGUCAGCGACAUGUGGAUUGGCGGAGAGAACACGGUCCAUCCAGACCACUGAAAUUGUAGUCCCUCAAAAGAACUGCUCUGGCCUGCCACAGACUUGCGAUGAACAGCCUGAGAAAGAAACCAGGAAGACCAUGUGUACGUGUCAGACAGUACAGUGUGCCUGGAGCGAGUGGAGUGACUGGUCUGCCACUUGUGGGGCAGCCAUGCGCACAAGAAAAAUACAAACAUCGCAGAUAACGGUGCAAAAAGAGAGUUGCGAUGGAUUGCCACAAUCUUGUCCCCAGCCCCCAGAAAGUGAACACAAGACAACGGAUUGCGCAUGUCGCACUGUCACUUGUGAUUGGGAGGAGUGGUCCUCUUGGUCUACAAGCUGUGGCAUUGGAACGCGCACACGUGAUAUUAAAGAAACUGUAAUCAUAGUCAACAAGCCUAACUGUGAUGGCCUCCCACAGAAGUGCACUGAGAAACCUCAGACCGUCUCACGUGAAGUGAAAUGCACCUGCCCUACAGUGAACUGCGAGUGGAAUCUGUGGAGUCAGUGGUCUGCUACAUGUGGAGCAGCCACGCGGAGAAGAUCGAUUAAAACUAUCAAGACCACAGUGCAAAAGUUGAAGUGUGAAGGCCUUCCCCAGUCUUGUCCACAGCCUCCCCAAACAGAACAAAAAACAACAAACUGUAAAUGUAAAACUGUCAACUGUGAGUGGGCUUUGUGGUCCUCUUGGUCUACAACCUGUGGUGUAGGAACAAGAACAAGAAAUAUUGAAGAAACCGCGGUGGAAGUUUUCAAGCCGGACUGUAGCGGCCUUCCACAGACUUGUCCUCAACCACCAGAGUCUGAAGCUCGUGAACUAAAAUGUACCUGCCCGACAGUGAAAUGUGAAUGGAAACAGUGGAGUGCUUGGUCAGCAACAUGCGGCUUAGCUUCAAGGACAAGGACUAUAGAGACUAUCAAGACCACAGUACAAAAGUUGAAGUGUGAAGGCCUUCCUCAGUCUUGUCCUCAACCUCCACAAACAGAACAAAAAACAUCAAAUUGUAAAUGUAAAACCGUCAACUGUGAGUGGUCUUUGUGGUCCUCUUGGUCCACGACAUGUGGUGUGGGAACAAGGAAAAGAAAUAUUGAAGAAACAGCAGUGGAAGUUUUCAAGCCGGAUUGUAGCGGCCUUCCUCAAACAUGUCCUCAGCCACCAGAGUCUGAAGCUCGUGAACUAAAAUGUACCUGCCCGACAGUGAAAUGUGAAUGGAAACAGUGGAGUGCUUGGUCAGCAACAUGCGGCUUAGCUUCAAGGACAAGGACUAUAGAGACUAUUAAGACCACAGUACAAAAGUUGAAGUGUGUAGGCCUUCCCCAGUCUUGUUCACAGCCUCCACAAACAGAACAGCAAACAACAAACUGUAAAUGUAAAACUGUCAACUGUGAAUGGGCUUUGUGGUCCUCUUGGUCUACAACUUGUGGUGUGGGAACAAGAACAAGAAACAUUGAAGAGACGGCGGUGGAGGUGUUUAAGCCUGAUUGCAGUGGUCUUCCACAAACCUGUCCGCAACCGCCAGAGAACGAAGCACGUGAGAUUAAAUGUGAUUGUAAAACUGUCAACUGUAAACGUGGCGAGUGGGAGGCUUGGUCUGCAACGUGUGGAUUGGCGACACGAAAGAGAUCCAUUACUACUGAACAGAUUGUAGUGCAAGAGACAAACUGCGAUGGUCUGCCUCAAUCGUGUCCGAGCGGACCUGAGACUGAAACCAGAAAGACUAUGUGCACGUGCCAGUCAGUAACAUGCUCGUGGGGAAACUGGAGCCAGUGGUCUGGAGAAUGCGGCUUAGUAAACAGAACACGACAUAUUGUGGAGACACAAACAACUGUUCAAGCAGAGUCUUGCGAUGGCGUCCCUACCAAAUGCACUCAGCAACCAGAAACUGAGAACAACAAACUCCCAGAUUGUGAAUUGUGCUACACAGUGGAAUGCAAUUACAACCCUUGGAGUUCUUGGUCAGCAACUUGUGGCAAUGCGUACAGGCGGCGCCUCCAGGUGAUCGAAGAAAUCGAGGUUUUUAAGCCGAGCUGCGACGGACUACCUUUGGAGUGCUUUGGUGAUGAGAUACAGGAGGAGACAAGAAAAACUCCGUUAUGUCCAACUACCAAACCUCCUCCAACGCCAACAACCUGAUUCAAAGAGAUGACCAGCUUACGUGGCAGAACUAAGAAGGGCCAAUUCUGGGGAAUAUUAUACAGUUGGUAGUAAAAACAUUUCUUAAGACGGUUCGACAUUUGGCAACAAUGUGUUUUUGGAUUACAUCUGAUAGACAACUUGCGGUGGUAAAACGGCAAAAAUAAAGA